GUGCAAUGAAAAGCUAUGCGAGUCAUGUGUACGCUCACAUAAAUUCUCCCGCUUCACCAAGUCCCACAAAGUACUAAGCUUAAGUGGAGACACGUCUCAAGAUGCCACAGCUACAAUCAAUCUGUUAUCACAGUGGACUUUGUACUGCAAAGAGCAUGUAAGUGAGCCUUUGAAGUACUACUGCAAAAAAGAUGAGUGUCUGAUAUGUCAAGACUGUUUUGUGAUAAGCCAUCAAGGACAUCCUUGUGAUAAUAUUGAAGCAACUGCACGUAACAACCAGAAAAACCUGAACUCUGUCAUUGACCUUGGACGACAAAGGUUAGACAAGUAUGAUGCUUAUAUCAAUGAGGGUCACAUCCAGAAACAGACCAUCGAGAAAAAUCUUGAGGACUCAAAAGCAAAAUUAAUUGAAGACCGCAGGAAGAUCCAUGCCAAGGUUGAUGCAUUUUACAAUGCCUUAGAAGCUGAAGCUGCCACUAUGGGAGCUGCAUCUGUAAAGAACACAAUUGCUCACUUAGCUGACCUACAAUUUGACAGAGAUGCCAUUGGAAACACCAUCACACAAUUAGAAAAUCUUCAGAAGCAUGGAAACCCUGCGGAUGUUGUCUAUAUGAUCCCAGAUAUAAAUUUGAAGCGUGAAGUCUGGUCUAUUCCACCUAAUUUAGGGUUUAGUCCAGCAACACCAAUUGAAGUUUGUUGCAGUCAAAUUGAUGACAGCAUGAUUACAUUUGGGAGUUUGAAUGCUUCUUCUAGUUUUGGCAAUCAGGAUGAUGCUCAUCAUGAUGUUAACAUUGUUAGUACAAAGUUAAUGGGACAUAAGAGCAUGAUCAAAAAAUCUAUGGGUGUUUUACAAAAUGGAGAUAUUGUAACGGCUGAAGUGGAAGUGAUGAAAUCUGACCUUAAUGACUACAAGGAAAAGAAACCUACAAGAAUUGUCAUUUAUGACAAAACCUGGUCAGUUAAAAAGAUACUGGAUAUAAAAACUGGAGUGGAAAAAACAAUAGGUGGAAUGACUGUAACACCUGACAAUUGUAUCGCUGUUACAUACAAGAUGGAAGACAGAUCAAUGGUUAAGAUCUUCAAUCACAAAGGAAUACAAGUGAGGGAACUGCUGACACCCUCAAUAGAAUGCCCAAACACCAUAGCAAUGAACCAUCUCAAUGAGCUGGUUAUUCUUGAUUGUGCUCAUGGACGAAUACAUUAUAUUGACUUCGAAACUGGGGAAGAUAAAAUAAAGCAAAAAGAAAAUGAAUCAGAUUCAGAUGCAGAAAGUUGCAAGUCUGAUGAUGAAGAACAAAUAACAAGUAUAUUAGAUGACAGCAAUAUUGCUGUAAACAGUAGGAAUGAUGUGAUAGUAGCUGAAAAAUCCUGUGGUGUAAAUGCUUACAAUAGAAAUGGAAAACAGCUGUUUCAAUUUGAUGGCACUGAUGACAAUAUAGAGUUGGAAAAUGUUCAAGACAUUUGUAUUGAUAACAAAGACAAUGUAAUUGUUGUUGGGGAACACAAUCUGUACCUGCUAUCCCCAGAUGGCUGUUUUGUGAAGCGCUGGAAGAUUGAACACUUGAUAGGAAAUUUUGAUAAUUUACAGAUAUAUACCUGUGCUGCAUUGAAUAUGAAAGGGGACCUCAUUGUGGACAGUCUAGAAAUGUGUAAUGUUGUACGAACCAUCAACUAUGAGGCAAAAUACCUAGAUUGGUUCAAUAACAUAUUUGGGGGGAAAGAUGAAGACACUUUGUGGUUCAGUGAUUUUUUCAAUCUCUAACUGAAAAUUUCACACAAAUGAUAAACCAUGUGAAAGGAGACUAAUACAUUCAAACCAAAACAGCAUAAUUCAAAACAGAAUGGGACUAAAAUGUUUCAGCCAUAAGAAGUAUUAUGCAAAGAAAUGCUUCAAAUCAAAAAUGUUCAAAAUAAUGUACAAAGCCCUUAUUCCUAACUGAACACGUUUUCCUAAUUCUAUGUAUUAGACUCAAAGUCAGUGACAAUGUUUUGAUGGAACAAACUGUAGAUAGUGCUAAAUCAAUGAUGUUCAAAAUAAUGUACAAAGGCCUUAUUCCUAACUGAACAUGUUUUACUAAUUCUAUGUAUUAGACUCAAAGUCAGUGACAAUGUUUUGAUGGAACAAACUGUAGAUAGUGCUAAAUCAAUGAUGUUCAAAAUAAUGUACAAAGGCCUUAUUCCUAAC